AGAGGGGGCGAGGGGGCGAGGGGGCGAGAGGGGGAGAGGGGGAGAGGGGGAGAGGGGGGGAGAGGGGGAGAGGGGGGGAGAGGGGGAGAGGGGGGCGAGAGGGGGAGAGGGGGCGAGAGGGGGAGAGGGGGCGAGAGGGGGAGAGGGGGCGAGAGGGGGAGAGGGGGCGAGAGGGGGAGAGGGGGCGAGAGGGGGAGAGGGGGCGAGAGGGGGAGAGGGGGCGAGAGGGGGAGAGGGGGCGAGAGGGGGAGAGGGGGCGAGAGGGGGAGAGGGGGCGAGAGGGGGAGAGGGGGCGAGAGGGGGAGAGGGGGAGAGAGGGGGCGAGGGGGAGAGAGGGGGCGAGGGGGAGAGAGGGGGCGAGGGGGAGAGAGGGGGCGAGGGGGAGAGAGGGGGCGAGGGGGAGAGAGGGGGCGAGAGGGAGAGAGGGGGCGAGAGGGAGAGAGGGGGCGAGAGGGAGAGAGGGGGCGAGAGGGAGAGAGGGGGCGAGAGGGAGAGAGGGGGCGAGAGGGAGAGAGGGGGCGAGAGGGAGAGAGGGGGCGAGAGGGAGAGAGGGGGCGAGAGGGAGAGAGGGGGCGAGAGGGAGAGAGGGGGCGAGAGGGAGAGAGGGGGCGAGAGGGAGAGAGGGGGCGAGAGGGAGAGAGGGGGCGAGAGGGAGAGAGGGGGCGAGAGGGAGAGAGGGGGCGAGAGGGAGAGAGGGGGCGAGAGGGAGAGAGGGGGCGAGAGGGAGAGAGGGGGCGAGAGGGGCGAGAGGGAGAGAGGGGGCGAGAGGGAGAGAGGGGGCGAGAGGGAGAGAGGGGGCGAGAGGGAGAGAGGGGGCGAGAGGGAGAGAGGGGGCGAGAGGGAGAGAGGGGGCGAGAGGGAGAGAGGGGGCGAGAGGGAGAGAGGGGGCGAGAGGGAGAGAGGGGGCGAGAGGGAGAGAGGGGGCGAGAGGGAGAGAGGGGGCGAGAGGGAGAGAGGGGGCGAGAGGGAGAGAGGGGGCGAGAGGGGGAGAGGGGGCGAGAGGGGGAGAGGGGGCGAGAGGGGGAGAGGGGGCGAGAGGGGGAGAGGGGGCGAGAGGGAGAGAGGGGGCGAGAGGGAGAGAGGGGGCGAGAGGGAGAGAGGGGGCGAGAGGGAGAGAGGGGGCGAGAGGGAGAGAGGGGGCGAGAGGGAGAGAGGGGGCGAGAGGGAGAGAGGGGGCGAGAGGGAGAGAGGGGGCGAGAGGGGGCGAGAGGGGGCGAGAGGGGGCGAGAGGGGGCGAGAGGGGGCGAGAGGGGGCGAGAGGGGGCGAGAGGGGGCGAGAGGGGGCGAGAGGGGGCGAGAGGGGGCGAGAGGGGGCGAGAGGGGGCGAGAGGGGGCGAGAGGGGGCGAGAGGGGGCGAGAGGGGGCGAGAGGGGGCGAGAGGGGGCGAGAGGGGGCGAGAGGGAGAGAGGGGGCGAGAGGGAGAGAGGGGGCGAGAGGGGGCGAGAGGGGAGUGAGAGAGGUGGCGAGAGUGAGAGAGGGGGCGAGAGGGAGAGAGGGGGCGAGAGGGAGAGAGGGGGCGAGAGGGAGAGAGGGGGCGAGAGGGAGAGAGGGGGCGAGAGGGAGAGAGGGGGCGAGAGGGAGAGAGGGGGCGAGAGGGAGAGAGGGGGCGAGAGGGAGAGAGGGGGCGAGAGGGAGAGAGGGGGCGAGAGGGAGAGAGGGGGCGAGAGGGAGAGAGGGGGCGAGAGGGAGAGAGGGGGCGAGAGGGAGAGAGGGGGCGAGAGGGAGAGAGGGGGCGAGAGGGGGAGAGGGGGCGAGAGGGGGAGAGGGGGCGAGAGGGAGAGAGGGGGCGAGAGGGAGAGAGGGGGCGAGAGGGAGAGAGGGGGCGAGAGGGAGAGAGGGGGCGAGAGGGAGAGAGGGGGCGAGAGGGAGAGAGGGGGCGAGAGGGGGCGAGAGGGGGCGAGAGGGGGCGAGAGGGGGCGAGAGGGGGCGAGAGGGGGCGAGAGGGGGCGAGAGGGGGCGAGAGGGGGCGAGAGGGGGCGAGAGGGGGCGAGAGGGGGCGAGAGGGGGCGAGAGGGGGCGAGAGGGGGCGAGAGGGGGCGAGAGGGGAAUAUUGUGUUUGAAAAAACUAGACCAGGUAUUGUAACAAGUGAUGCAGAUGAAAAGGUACAUUAUGAAGGUGGUUAG